UGCAUUGCCCCGAUCCCCCAGCAGGCCCGCACUCCCUCUCCUUGCUUGGACCCUUCACCGGAUCCGCCCCCGGCCUGGACUUCGCUCCCGCGGGGCGAUUGGAGCCUCAUCGCCGCACAGUCCACGACCAUGUCCGCCUGGCUGCGAGCGUUGCCCGGGGCCCGCAGCGGAGUGACGCGGACUCUCAGCUCCGCUAUCCCGGGAGCUCCAUCACUACCUGCAUGUGACAUUGAACCGCAGCCGUACCAGGCAGGGGAAUACAAGGAGCAUCUGUCGGCACGGCGACGCCACCUGCCCCCGCGGGCGCUCACCUACUACAGACAGCCGCUGCUGUUGCACCAGGGCCACAUGCAGUGGGUGUGGGACCACCAGCAUCGCCGCUACCUUGACUUCUACGGCGGCAUCGUCACCGUCAGUGUCGGCCACUGCCACCCGAGAGUGACGGAGGCUGCCCGGGAGCAGCUGGGUCGUCUGUGCCACACCACCAACAUCUACCUGCACCCGGGCAUCGGCGAGUACACACAGAGGCUGUGUGCCACCUUGCCCAGCCCGCUGGAGGUGGUUUUCCUGGUGAACAGCGGCUCGGAGGCCAAUGAUCUUGCCAUGCUGCUGGCCCGCGUCCACACCCAGAGUAACAGCUUCAUCACCCUCAGGGGCGGUUACCAUGGCUGCAGCCAGGCCUCCAUGGCACUGACCUCCAUCUCCAGCUGGAAAUUCAACGUUGCUCCCGCCGCUACUGUUCACCCGACCAUGUGUCCUGAUGUUUACCGGGGCCUGUGGGGUGGGCGCCAUUGCCGAGAUUCUCCUGUUCAAACCACUCGGAGCUGUGACUGCCACUCAGGUGAGUGCCGGGCCAGCGAGGGUUACCUGGGUGAGCUGCAGGAUCUGCUGCGCUGUGGCGUGCCAUGCCGGCUGGCAGCGUUCAUCGCCGAGCCCAUCCAGGGGGUGGGCGGCGUGGUUCAGUAUCCCCGCGGGUACCUGCGGGCGGCGGCGGCAGCGCUGAUCCGGGAGCGCGGAGGCCUCUUCAUCUCCGACGAGGUCGAACGGGGCUUUGGGCGGCUGGGCAGCCACUUCUGGGGCUUUGAGACUCACGGGGUGACACCCGACAUCGUCACCAUGGCCAAGGGCAUGGGCAACGGAUUCCCCAUGGGCGCUGUCGUCACCACCCCCGAGAGGGAGGGAGGGGAGAUCGCAGCCUCCCUGCGCGACGGCAUCACAUUCAACACGUUCGGUGGGAGCCCGCUGGCCUGCGCUGUCGGCAACUCCGUGCUCCAGGUGAUGGAGGAGGAGGGUCUUCAGGCAAGAGCGGAGACGGUGGGCACGGAGUUGCUGCACCAGCUGGCGGAUCUGCGCAACGAUUUCCAGGCGGUAGGAGACGUGCGUGGCAAGGGGCUGAUGGUCGGUGUGGACAUGGUGGCCAGCAAGGAGAGCAGGGAGCCGCUGCCGGAGGCCCAGAUGAACCAGAUCUGGGAGGACUGCCGGGAGAUGGGACUGCUGCUGGGCAAAGGCGGCCUCUACGGACAGACGUUCCGCUUGAAGCCGCCGCUUUGCAUCACGCGGGAGGACGUGGACUUCGCCGUCAGCGUCAUGAGGCUGGCGCUGCACAGACACGCGGCGAGUGGCCCCGGGCCCAAGUAGCGGCAGCCCUGGACACAGACCCCACUCCCACAGACACCCUCCCCCCACAUACCCUCCC